UGUGUGUGAGGGAGACAGCGAAAUGGCUGCGCAGGUCGCUGCAGUACGCUCCGUGUCCCGGGGCGCGGAAGAGACGCCUUCGCUGCCACUCGGUGACCGGCCUGGUCGACCGAGGGGAGGGGGGAGGAAGCGGAAAGGUCCACUUGGGGAUGUCGGGAGCUGCAAGAGGGCUAAGUUGGGUCAGCCCCCGCUUGCAGUGAGGCCUGCUCAGGCAGAGCCGCUGCCACCGGCCUCCGUUCCCGGCCUCUCAGCGGCUUCUGCCGUGCCUUCCGCCCCCGCUGGGCUUUUCACUUUCUCCCCGCUUAGUCUGCCCCCGCAGGCCCUGCACUGCGAGCGGCGACACCACCACCGGCAUCGGCACCGUCCGGACAGUGGCGACUCAGAGCCCGCCCGCUCCUCUGGGGAGAAGCCCCACAAGGGUAGGCGGGGAAGCUCUGGUGAGGGGGCUCUUGGGCGGCCCAGCAAGCGAGAAACCCGAGAUGAAAAUGGCAAGACCGAAAUAUCUGACAGUCUUAUUGUAAAGAAAAUAAAGAAGAAGAAGAAAAAGAAACACAGAGAAGAUGUGAGAGGGAGGCAUCUGAAAAUGUACAACAAAGAAGUGCAGACAGUGUGUGCUGGUCUUACCCGUAUCAGCAAAGAGACUUUGACUCCAGGGGAGAGUGAUAAUUUGGAAGAGAACAAGGAAUCUUUUAGGUAUCUAAAAGAUGAACAGCUGUGUCAGUUGAAUGUGGGCAUGCAGGAAUAUAGGAUACCCCAGGGGGUGCAGUCUCCAUUUACUACCCACCAGGAGCAUUCUGUUCGCAACAGCUUCUUAAAAACAGGCACUAAAUUUAGUAAUUUUAUUCAUGAAGAACAUCAAUCAAAUGGAGGAGCUCUGGUUCUUCAUGCCUAUAUGGAUGAACUCUCAUUUUUGUCUCCAGUGGAGAUGGAGAGAUUUGCAGAAGAGUUUCUUGCUUUGACAUUCAGUGAAAAUGAGAAAAAUGCAGCUUAUUAUGCUCUAGCUAUAGUUCAUGGGGCAGCUGCAUACUUGCCGGACUUCUUGGAUUACUUUGCUUUCAAUUUUCCUAGCACUCCAGUGAAAAUGGAAAUCCUUGGCAAGAAAGAUAUUGAAACAACCACCAUUUCAAACUUUCACACUCAGGUCAGUCGAACAUACUGCUGUGGAACUUACAGAGCAGGUCCAAUGAGGCAGAUCAGUCUUGUUGGAGCAGUGGAUGAAGAAGUUGGAGAUUACUUCCCAGAAUUUCUAGAUAUGUUGGAAGAAUCUCCAUUUCUCAGAAUGACUUUGCCUUGGGGUACUCUUUCGAGUCUCAGACUUCAGUGUAGGUCGCAAAGUGAUGAUGGGCCCAUCAUGUGGGUAAGACCUGGAGAACAGAUGAUCCCAACAGCUGAUAUGCCAAAGUCACCAUUCAAAAGGCGCAGAUCUAUGAAUGAAAUAAAAAACCUCCAGUAUCUACCUCGGACCAGUGAACCCCGUGAAGUUCUCUUUGAAGACAGAACAAGAGCACAUGCUGAUCAUGUGGGGCAAGGGUUUGAUUGGCAGAGUACAGCUGCUGUUGGAGUUUUAAAAGCUGUACAGUUUGGUGAAUGGAGUGACCAGCCUCGUAUAACCAAAGAUGUUGUUUGUUUUCAUGCUGAAGAUUUCACUGAUGUAGUUCAAAGACUUCAGUUGGAUCUGCAUGAACCUCCAGUAUCACAGUGUGUUCAGUGGGUUGACGAAGCUAAGCUUAACCAAAUGAGACGAGAAGGGAUUCGCUAUGCCAGAAUCCAGCUAUGUGACAAUGACAUCUACUUCAUCCCUAGAAAUGUCAUUCAUCAGUUCAAGACAGUAUCAGCUGUCUGCAGUUUAGCUUGGCAUAUAAGGCUCAAACAAUACUAUCCUGGGGCAGAGAAUUCUCAGUGUAUGGAAAACAUUUCAAAUAUGGACAAGGUGAAACCAGAAGGUGAAGACCAAUGUACGCUUAUGAAAAAAGAGCCUGAAGAAGGAAGAGAAGUACAGACUGCAACAAUAGCAUCACCAUCACUGUUUUCAUCUCUGUCGUGACUUGUCCUGCAACAAGAUUAGCUGGUUUGCCCCUUCCAGCUUUUAAAACUAGAAUCAGAUCAGCAACACAAUCCACAGGAUGAUCGUAUACUCUUUCUUGUCUGAUAUGUACAUAAUCAUACAUUUUUAAACAGCUUUUUAAAAUUUUGAUGUGAAGUUAUAGUUUUAUAACUGGGUUAUGUUUUAUUGGAGAAAACUUGCCUAUAAUUCUAUAAAGAAAGGUGACAUUCCAAAAUGUCAAGCGUAUCUUUUUUACACAGAUUAUGCAAAGUUAGAGUUGUAUUUUAUUCCCUUAGUACAGCAUGUAGUAGUGGACUACAACUUUUUGCAUUUCUUUUUUUAAGGGAUGAGGUAAUAAUUCAACAUCUCAAUAGUUUUUCCUUCAGGAAUAUCAAGUAUUUAACACUUGAUAAGUCUGAUAACUUUUCAUCUAUUUUAUCUUUAGCUUUCAGCAUAAAAGGGAUGUUUUCUGUGGAAGAUUCACAAAGUGACUCUCCUUCCCAUUCGAUUAAUGGCUUGAAUGAAAGAGAAAGCACAGCACUUUUAAUGAUCAAUGACAUUUGUGUGUGAGAGAGAGUUUGAAAGCCUGGAGGAAGCUCAAGUUACCAGCAGUGUAGAUUAAUCCUUAAUUGCUUAACAAGACAUUCAGUAAGAAGUUGAUGUAUGAGAUUAGUUGCAGAGUGUAUGAUCUUGUUGAAAUGAAAUAACUGACACAACUCUUUCCUGGUCCUCUGCUUUUAAUGUUUAUUGGAAUAUUGUUUUUUAAUAUCUUUCAGAACUGCAUAACUUAAUACACUAGUGUCUAAUGAAAGUAAUUGUUGGCAGUCUCUUCGAGGAAACUGCUAUCUUUGAGCACUUUAAGGCUUUACAAUAUUUAAACCAACUUGGUGGCUUGUUUAAUUCACAGUAGGCAUCUUAGAUGGAAACCAUCAACUCCUUUGCAUUGAGGCACUUAAUCUAAUAGGGCAGGCCUAUAUCUCCUUUAUUCUUUGAAAUUAUAUAUUACUGAUUCACAUAAACUAUCACAUAAUCACAUAUGGAUUGCUACUUUCACAAGUAAAUCUUGGAUACCUUAAUGCUAUAUUGGAAGAUUAAACAGCACAUGGUAGUAUGUUCAGAAUAAUUGGCUUAUAUUUUUUAGCACUCCUUCAAUACUUCCCAGUAUUAAGUAGAUUCAGCUUUUACUCAUUGUAUACAGAACAAUACUUGUUUUUGGUAGUAAGAUGAAAUUGGCCCCUCAUAUGUAGAAUCUGAACUUUAUCACAAUUUAAUCAAAUUUAUUUGUAUUUUCUAAAUCUGUUCUUUGAUGUAGGAGAGAGAAUGGGAGUACUACACCAAUGCAAAUCAAGAAAGCAGCUGUGGGAAAAAUGCAAAUAUUCGUAUGUUUAUAAUAACAAUUACUUUGUGCAAUAUUGUUUUGUGUAGAUUUCAUAUUACAUGAAAUAUGAAGAUGCAUAUUAGCACCUCAGUAUAGAGGACACAGUUUUAAACAAAUAGCAAAAUAAUCAGAAAACUUUGCAGUAUUUAGAUAGAACUUGUAUUACUCCUGAUAUAUACAUGUUUAUGUAUUGACUUGGUGCAGUCCUGAAGACAAGUAGAAAAAUUUUCAACAAAUUGAUUUUCCAGACUGAAGUGGUCGGGACUUCCUAAGUAAUCUGUGUAAAUAAGGUGUUAGGAUGAAACCUUUUUACAAAAGGUAAUGAGUUCUUAUGCAGGAGUGUAGCUUUUAAUCUUAAUGAAAAAUUGUAAAUUGAACAAUACUGGUUCAGAAAACCUCUGUGUACUCUGGCUUUUAAAACUUUUUUUACAGUUGUCCAGAAGAAUUUUCAAAAGCUUUAACUGGCUGUCCUAAGUAAAAUUCUUCGUUGACAAUAUGGGGUUCAGUACUUCAUUUAUGUUUGACCAACUCCAUCAUGUUUUUUGCAUUUCUCUUCCACUAAUUUUCCUAGUCUUCCAAGCAUCAAUUUCCCACCGUUAAAGUUAUAUAAAUGACCAUGACAACAAAUAACAACUCCAGACUUGUCUCUUGGAUAUUUCAACUGCAUUGAGUUUUGUAAGGCAGCACUGUUUAUAAUCACUCAGGAGUUGGAUUUAAAAAAAUAAUUGAAUGAAAAACUGUUUAUUACUUCAGUCACCCUGUUUUGAAAUAUACAUUAGGAAAUGUAUCAAAUUCUACAAUCUUACAAUGUUUAUUAGAAAAAGACACAGAGUAACAUGAAGAUAGUAGUUGGGUCCAAACUUGCUUCUUUGAGAGCAGAUGAAGUUUUCUUUUGGCAGGGGAAACCGGGGUCCAGAGAAUGCUUUCAGCUAGAGGAAAAAAGUUUCCCAACCCUCCAGAGCAGUUCUUCACUAGGGGAGGGGAAGAAAAGAAUUGGCAAAAAUUACCAAUCCACCCUUUUUUUCCCAAGGUGAACUCCAUUGUGCACAGUUCUGGAUCCAGUUCAAUAACUGUAAAGCUAUUUUGUAUGCAUUAAAUUACAGCAAUAGGCCUACAGAAGAGGAGAAGCUUUUUUUUACUUUAUUGAGAUACAACCUAUUAAAGGUACAUGAAGUGAACAUUCAUGACCUUUGCCAUUCAUGAAAUAUUAAGAAGAUUAAGUAAAUGAUCCUGAAACAGUGUCUCAUGCUUUUCCAACUCAAGAGCUUCGUGUCAAAAUUGCACUGUAUCAUGUAUAAAUGUAUUCAUUAACUUACAUUUCAAACUUUUAAAAAGACUUCAGAUGUCUUUUCUGUUCACAUAUCUUAAUUUCAUGUUACAUAUAGUCUUUUAUACAAUUACUUUGGUAACAUCUUUACAAUAGUUAAAAAGUAUGGAUUUGUCACUAUUACUGCAUUCCCUAGCAAAUACCAAAGAGCUCUGUGCAUGAAUUUUGGUGCGUCCGCCAGGACUUUGCUUAUUUCUCUUUUUGCCUGUAGCCCGCUUCGUACUGCUAGACUGUAUUUCAUAGAAACCCUUGAGAUUCAGGAUUAGCCUUUUCAGUAAGAAGAGGGCUCAGUCAGAGUUUACUCAGCAAGCCUCAGUGCAUAUAUCUCGCUCUGGCUCAAUGGUUAGGCGUCUUUUUAUAGGAGAAGUUAAAAACAGCAGUACAACUAAUGUACUAAUAUGUGUGUAUGCUAGAGUAAGAAAGACCAAUACAAGUACCUGAGUGAAAAAUAAUCAUAAUGGACCUGAAAAAGUGAGUGGCAGAAUGGUUUGUCUUAAUGACUUUGUUUGGGAACAUAUAAUCUUUGCUCUUGGAGUAGAAAAGAGAUGAAAAUUAAUAUCUCAGGAAGAUGUUGGGAGUGACUUGAGCUGAUGUGAUGAUUUCAAAAAAUGAUUAUCUUGCCAGCAUAAUUGAUACUUUAAUGCCUAGUUGUUUUGCAAAGAGAUUUCACUUAAAACUGACAGGAAAUCUUAUUUUAUAAAUUGCAAAGUAUAUGGAUAUUAUAUAGUUACAAAAUCAAAUGAAGUUUAAAGGCAGAUAAAUCUUUACAUUUAUUUUAUUAUAAGUAGCAGACAAUUUGGGGAGACCUCCAUUUCCAAUCUGUAUAAUUGUUGAAUACUAGUUAAGCAGUCAUUAUAUUCUAUCUUUUAAAUGUCAUUAGCAGAUCCACAAACAUGGUUCUUAUUUAAAGAUCCUGAGUAGCUCUAAGUUGAAAACUGGGAAAUUUCCUUUAUUUUACUAAAAGUUUAUUUCUUUUUAAAGACCAAUGAAAAAUAAAAUGUAUUCAAGAAAAGUUGUAUUGGGCUGCUGACUCAUUUAGCAAAUCAAUAAGAGUAAAAUUAAGAUUUAAGUGAACUAGAUAUUUCACAUUCCCCCUCACAUAUUUCUGAACGUAAGUAACGUGUAAAUAAUUGACAUGUUCUCUUCCAUGAAGAUGGAACAUAUGGAGGUUUCCUGUGAGAUUAAGGAAUACUUGCAUUUAAUCAUACAGGUUUUACCAUACAAUAAAGGGGCUCAUUAGUAGUUUUCCUAUUGUAAGGGCAUAGCUGUUUGUCUAGAGACAAGAAAGUUUAUUGAGCCCCAGGAUGCAUAUAAUUUGUUUUUUUCUCACGCUGCCAUUCAUAUGCUUGAAUUUAUUCUGAGUGGUAAGCUAUCUUCACUUGUGGCACAAUCCAACCAAAGUUAAGCACCUAUAAGUCCCAUUUAUUUUGAAUGGGAGAUAAGCAGGUGCUUAAUUCUCCAUUGAAAUCAGUGGAACUUUAAAUGUGUUUACUAUUGGUGGGAUAGCACUCUUAUUUCCUUAAAAAUGCUAUUUAUAGCCAUAUUGGUUGUGUUUGAAGGUUGCUAUGAAUAAGGAUAUUUAUCCUUCAGCUCCUAAAUUUUUUGUAAUGUGGAUAAACUAUACGUUGGUCCAAUAAACAAAUUUCCAAUAAUGUUAUGGCCUUCCAUUGAUAUACAUAAUAUUUUUAGGACCCAACAGCACAUGUAGUUGAUAAGGGGCUUCUCUUAAUCUAGCACUUUCAAUUCUGUCUAAGCAAAUACUUAUCUUUCCAUGUUGUAUAAAAUAGAUUUGUGUAGUGUUUUGUGAUUAAAUUCAGUUUUGAUUGGCAGCUAAGAUAUUUUUCUGUGGUUUUAAUAAUCUAAGGUCUUUGCAUAUAAAGGAUAUGUACAAUUGCCUGGAAGACUGUUUUUGUUUUUUGUUUUUUGCUUUGUGUGGCCUUAGUAUAUUUAUUGACAUUUUAGCAAGUGUUUUAAAGAAGUUUUUAUAAUAGUGUAAACUGAUGGGAAAAUUUUAAGCCUCUGUGAAUAAUCCUCUAACACAGUGCAUUUCUUUUAGUAGGUGACUGUACAAGCGUAUCACUGUUAAAGCUAUUUCUUUGUUUAAAAAAAAAGUACAAUGGAAUGCAUAGAUUUUUCCCCCUGUAAAGUAUUUUUUUAAUAAACAGAAGUCUGAUUUGUGCUUAAUGAAAA